UUUAAGCUGCGGACACCGCAUGCCCUGCUUAAUAAAUAAACAUUAAAAAACUCAAAUGCCUGAGGGCAGAAAACAUCGAUAAAUAAGUACAUACAUACUUUUGUGCAUAUGUAUGUAUGUAUGUAACAUGUAGAUAAUGACGCGAAAGCAAUUAAAAAUUUGUGCUGCAGUUGGAGGAGCAGCGGCACCGCGACCGCAUAAUACUCGUCAAACAAGCUGUGAACGUGCAAAUAAAAUAUUCGCCGGCGUUUCAUUGACAUCUAUAAUGAAUUCAUUUUACUGGCAGUUGAUGCUGGUGUUGGUGGUUAGCUGUGAUAUGUGCAAAUCAAAUGAAUAUCCAGUGACAAGCAAAGCUGUAACUGCAACUGCAACUGCAACUGACAGCGUCGAAAUUGGCGGCGAAAUCACAAUUGAUACCACCACAAAUCUACUCGACCCAUAUACAGGCGGGAAGGAGGACUCCAUAGGGGAAUAUGUCAAGAGUGAAAAGGAAAAAUUUCUGGGCAGCAACCUUAUCAGAAAUGCCACAAUCGAAAACGUAACAGAAGAAUGCCGCACGCACUGCAACCUACAAGCACCCGAGUUCUUAAAUGAAUACGGACUACAGUGUGGAAAGAAAGGCGAAAAUCGCAUGUGCUUCAAGUCGAGGUGCCUAAAAGGAUGCGAACAAUGGAGAGUAGCACUUGCAAACUCAGAUACUUGCCAGGAAACAUGUAUUUCAAUGCAAUUACAUUGGCUUGACCUACCGUGCAUAUAUGCUUGCGAAAUGAGUCAAAGGCAUUAUUGGGACCGUCAAAAACGAAUUGCAGAGUCUGCAAUACAACUCGAAAGACCCUUUAUAAUAGUAUCCAAUAAAACUGAUACGUUGAAGUUACUAUGGAAUAUUGUAUUGCCUGAAUAUUUAUUCGCAAAUUAUCAAUUUAGUAUUCACAUACAAUACCAAUAUGUUAUGGAGAAUGUAACCGAGGAGCUACAACCAUGGAGAAAUUUGGCCAAUUAUGAUUGUAGCCAGAAUUUUGUCUGCGAAUUGUUCGAUGAGUUGGUUCCCUUCGCCGUUUAUAGGUUUCGAUUCAAAUUGGAUUUAGGUGAAUUCGCAAAUCAAGCUUUACAUUCGCCCCCAACGGAAGCGUUUAGAACUGUAGCUGGAGGUGUUCCGCUUUCCACGCCGGUAAUCAAAGAAGUUUUCGCCUUGGAUCAUUCUCACGUAAGCAUAGCUUGGCAGCCAGGAGUGUUUAGUUGCGGCCCAAUAACGGGAUAUGUUUUAUUUUUGGAAAACGCUAACACAACGCUCAAGCAGACUUUGCCGCCCGAUAGACGAAGCUUUGUUUUUGCAAAAUUGUCGCCUUCAACGAAUUAUACAAUAAAACUAGCCAUGUUGAAUGCCGAGGGUGAAGGUCGUUCUGCCGAAGCGUUUGUCCAAACCAAGGAUGCCCCUUUGUAUGGGAAUUCGGACAAUGUAGAUCUGGUGAUUGUCACAGGGGAAUACAGUGUUAAAAUCAAAAGUUUUGAAUCUCUGACCGAUACAGAAGUAAUUUUCGAAAGUGACAAGCUAAUAAACGAUUAUACUCUAUAUUCAUUCUUAGGAGAACAAAUAUAUUUCAUUGUAGAUGCUUCAGGAGUUAUUGUGAGAUUUUCAAUAAAUGGAGAUACGCAAAAGUUUGUGAUUUCUAGUUUAGACAAAUUUCCUGAAUUCAAACCAAAGAAAAUUAGCGUCGAUUGGUUAAACAAGCGGCUUUUUAUUGCAGCUCAGAAGCUUACGGAGCAGUGGGCAGUGAUUGCCACAGACUUCAGUGGACACUCCCAGAGUAUGAUAGUCGGCAAUUUAACUGAACCUAUCGAGCAAUUGGAUGUGGAUCCCAUAAAUGGUUGGCUAUUUUGGCUAACAAGUGGCAGUCUUAUGCGAACCAAUCUCUACAAUAACUACUCAGAACCCAUAAUCAAGAGAGACGUAGGUCAUUUCUCAAACACUUAUCAAAGCAGCUUAAUAACAUUUUAUAAUACAAGUGAUCACACCUUGUUCGAAAGCACUUAUGAUGGACUACACAUCCAAAGCCUUCAAUUAAAAUUAUCCAUUAGUUUAGAACGCAUAGUGAGCUUCUGGUACAAUGGAAUUCAUAUAUUGGCUACAAAUGGUACACAUCUGCUGCGGGGAAACUACAAUACAAAUGAAUUUGACGUCCGCACUGUCAGAGAGUUGGAAUGGUGUUGGGGUAUUUUGCCAGUGAUACAAAAGGGACAAAAGAUAUUUAUCCAAACACAGCCAUUGCAAAAAGGAAUCCCAGAAAACUUGAAUGCUUUGGUUACAUCUAAUAUGGCCAAAAUAAGUUGGGAUGCGCCGCAGUUGAAUGUAUAUCAGACAGAAUACGCUUGGCAAAAGUGGGAUUAUGAGCUUGAGAUAAUGGAUGUGGCUAGUAACAGCGCCUUUAAUAUACGCAACAUAAAGACAACAUAUUUCAAUGUGGAGAAACUACAAUCAAAUAAUUUGUACAAGUUUCGUGUUCGUGUCAUUUUUGGUAGUACACUUGGUGUAUGGUCUAAAGCGUUGUUAACGCGUACGUGGCCCUUAGGGGAGUAUACAUUUCUGUUGGCAAGCAUGAAUGGCGUAUACGAAAUGAAUGAGACCGGUAAGCAUGUAGAGCAGGUCGGUCAAAUGGAAAACGUGCAAGAUUUUAUGCAGUUGAAUGCCACAAUAUACUACAUUUCUAAGGACAAUCGCUUGCAAUGUGUGAACAUCAUGAAUCCGGAGAUAAAUUGCUCAUUUAUAGCCACAAAUGCAAUGAGCUUGGCAUAUGAGUGGCGUGGUGGCAAGAUGUAUUGGGUAGAUACGUUGGGAAAUUCUGUGAUGAGAGCGAACUUAGAUGGCAGCCAACGUGAAUUGCUACCAGUAUUCGGUGCGGAAAGCAUUGCAGUUGAUGCAUACAAUGGGCAUAUCUACUACUCGACCGGGGUGAAGUUGAUGAGACGCUCUCUAGGCGACACACUGGACGCGGACGAAUAUGAAUAUUAUCAUGUCAGCACUUACGACGAUGUCAUACGCGGUUUUGCUUUGGAUGUGGUAGGAAAACGCCUCUUUUGGAUUGUUCGUCAAGGUGACGGUGAGGUUAACUUAUUCCGAACCAGCAGUGACAUGACUAGUGAGGAUUUACAGUACAAUAUCUUAGGAAAUGAUAUAAGAUUGGGCUCUUUAAAAUUUGUACACGAAAUUGAUAGUCUGAUGUGGUUGCCUUUGAAUUCCAGCACAAUUACUUUCGCACGAACAAGUAAUCCAACAAACGAAGUGCUGAUUCACCUUUCACAAUUUACUAAUAUCAACUGUAUUAAUCUUAGAUCGGAAUAUAUGCCCGCUAACGACCUGUCCGUUAUACCUGAGGCCGUCGAUGGCCAAAGUGUUCACAUCAGUCAAGCCUUCGCAGAUGAAUGGAUAGUGAAGUGGCAACCAAUAAGUUCCUCGGAAAAUUAUACAAUAUUUUAUAGUAUUAUUUUCCAAUUUGCCGACGCUACUAAUCAAACGGAAGCAAUACGUGCAUAUAAGACCAACGAUUCGUUCAUAAGGAUAGCUGAAGAACUUCCUUUGCAACCAAGUUUUCAUAUAACUAUAACGGCGUCCACAUAUUGGAGCAUAGGUCCAACCACGCGUGUACAACUUCUCACACCCACUACCAGUGUAGCCCCUCCGCGACGGAUGAGAGUUUUUGUUCAACAAUUUAAAGACCCGCUUGAAGCCAGCACCAACAUUAGCGCAAUUGUUCGCUGGGACUCUCCACAAUCUAAAAGUCCCUAUACUGAAAUAAAUUAUAAAAUAUUCUGCUGGCAUGGCGAUAAGCUACACGCCGAAAAAUUAUACAACACAACUGACAAGGAAUCAUUUGAGACGACGAUAGACGGGUUACAUAUGGGAGAAUCGUACGUCUUUCAAGUACAAUCCUUUAUACCAGGAGCAACAAAAGGAGGCCAACGCAGCUCCUUUCAAAUACUCAUUAAUCCAGAACUCCAAUCCAAGCCAGGAUUUCUAUUCUCGACGAGUGAAUUUAUUGCAGAAUNAGAAUCAUUCGAGACGACAAUAGAUGGGUUACAUAUGGGAGAAUCGUACGUCUUUCAAGUACAAUCCUUUAUACCAGGAGCAACAAAAGGAGGCCAACGCAGCUCCUUUCAAAUGCUCAUUAAUCCAGAACUCCAAUCCAAGCCAGGAUUUCUAUUCUCG